UAUUUGUGGCUACGUAGAUUGUUAACACAUGGUUGUAGCUUCUCGUAUUUUUCCUGUCUUUCUUUCCUACAUUUAGGAAUAAUAAGCUAACCUUAUAAACACAUUUCUAAAAAUAUUAUUUAGUCUUAUUCCAAGAACAGAACCAGCUACAAGGACAUUCUGUUUUCCAGCCAGAAUGUGGACCAAGCAUAACAAAAGCGGGGCAAGAGAAACUUCUGGACUGCUUCCACUGGGGCAGGACCCCAGGAAUUAUUACCUAACCAACUAACCUUUUAAUUGGACAGAAUAUGAUAAGUAUACUAACCGACUAACCUUAUAUAAAUUGUAGCAUUACUAUACUACAUAUGAUUUUCACCAUAUUGUGCACCUAAAAGCUUUCAAGUAAAGGUUUGCUUAUAUAUUCAUUCUUAAUGUUGUUGGGAAGAUCUAUUUUCCAGGCAUUACUGGAACAGCCAGCUCUGCCUUCAGCAUUGGCCUUUCCCCAUGCCCUGGAGCAAGGAGUAAUUCCAGGCAGAGGAGAUAGCCAGGCUGAGUCGUAGAGUGUGUUUAUUCCAAGGUGCCCCCUUUCUCUGUCACAAUCAAUAUAUCAUUGCUGUGUCUGGGCUGCUUCCUACUCAGUUCUGGGUGGUGUGCCAAGCGUUUGUGGCAUGCCCAUCCACAGGGGAACCCCAGAGCUCUGCACCUGCACACUCCUCAUGCACAGAGUGGGUAGCUGCCUGCCAGCCCAGGAGGCACCAUGCUAUGCAUGUGUUGCUGCUGGCAGGGCUCAGGCUUCUCCAUCUGCUGUGCCACUCAUCUCCUCUGGACAGGUUCACCAGGGAAGGUGCUCCCUGUAGCCCUAGCCAACGUGCUGCCAUUGGCAGGUGUUGGAGAGGCCUCACGGUGAUGUGCAGGGCUGAGUGCCUGUUCUGAGACAUCUUCUUUUGCCUCUUUCCUGUGCCUCGCCAUGGUCCAUGCCUGGCUCACGCAGACAGGCCACCGUCCCCUGUCAACGUGACUGUGACGCAGCUGAAGGCAAACUCUGCCACAGUCUCCUGGGACGUACCAGAAGGAGACGUGGUCAUCGGCUACGCCAUUCUACAGCAGAGGCAGGAUGGGCAGAUGCAGCGCUUCAUCCGGGAGGUGAACACCACCAACCGUGCCUGUGUGCUGUGGGACCUGGCAGAGGACGCUGACUACAUCAUCCAGGUGCAGAGCAUUGGCCUGUAUGGGGAGAGCCAGGCUAGCAAGCGUGUCCACUUCCGCACCCUGAAGGAGACUGACCGCCUGCCUUCCAACAGCUCCAACCAAGGUGACAUCACCAUGGAAGGGCUGGACAAAGACCGGCAGCUGCAGACAGGCGAGAUUAUUAUCAUUGUGGCUGUGCUGCUCAUGUGGGCAGCGGUGAUCGCCCUGUUCUGCAGACAAUAUGAUAUCAUCAAGGAUAACGACUCCAACAACAACAAGGAGAAGACAAAGCCAUCCUCAGAGCAUAGCACACCAGAGCGACCAAGCGGAGGGCUGCUGCGGAGCAAGAAGAAAUCUCCCUCAGUCAAUAUCAUCGAGGUGUAAGUGCAACACCAGCUCUGCCGUCUGGGAUCUUGGGUGUCCUGCCAGAGCCAAAGCAGGCCUUGGAAGAAGAGGCAGCACCAGGCGUGCGGCCUGGAACUCAGCAUGCGACGAUCCACGUAUCAGAACUCUCGCUUUCCUGAGGGCAUCUGUCUGGGGAUGUGCAUGGAGCCAGCUCCCAAGCUAUGCAUGCAGAGCAUGGUUCUGCCCAUCCCACACACCUGGCCCUCCUCCCCUCCCGGUGGGAAGCAUGAAGUUGAGGAUGGGUGGGGGGCCACACCACUGGCUAGGGUGGGAGGCAGCCAAGGGGAGCCAACGGGCUGAUGCAGCGACCUGAGGGGAGGCCUUGUCCCUGUGCACCAGCCUGGCCACAGGCCUGGGUGCAGCUGUGGCACUGCACACCUGCCCAGCAUCAGGAGGCAGACCUUGCUCUCAGCUGCCUGUUUGGCCUUGGGUGUCGCUUGCAGAGGGCAGGAGCCGCUCCCCUCAGGGUGCCAGGGCUGAGGAAACAGGGCAGUGCAGGCAUUGCCCUUGUACUGCCAGAAGAGCUGUGGCCAGGUGGCAGGAGGCUUGGGCUCAGCCAACAUGGGAUGAGUGGAUUGCUGCUGGAGAACAGGGCUCUACUGCACCCUGUCAUGGCCCCCUUGUCAGGGGCUUCAAAUUCUCUGUCUACAGACAGAGGACAAAGGCAGAGGACAAAGACACGAGGGACAGUGAGGAGCUGGUGCUGUCACAGUGCCUGGCCAGUCCACAAAGCCUACAGCUGGGGCAGGGAGUGCUGGUGGAAGCUCCCACUGGGAAAGUGGACAGUGUCAGGGCAUGGCUGUGUCUCUGGUAGGGCUCAAUGCUGGCACAUUCAGGCUGUUUGAGGGAAGCUGCCAAGCACUUUUUGAGCAGCACUGUGCCUGUGCUGCCUGGAGGAGACAAUGUGGUGAGGCCCGCAAGGUGUCAGUUGGAGGGAAUGGGGUGAAACAAGGAUGCUCCCUGCUGCCCUGGCUGCUGCUCUCCCUCCAUUCAGACAGGCUCUGCAGCCCUGGACUCAAGCAUCACAGGAUCCAGCGUCUUCCAGGAAUAAAUCUCCCAGUAAAAGCACUUUCAGGACUUUUCCUUCCAGGUGCUGCUCAGCUCCUGCUGCAGGACUAGGCGGGGAGGGGACAAGAUAAGCAACUCCUAUGGCAGGGUCUUUUCAAUAAAACAUCCUGGCUCAAAGGCAGCAUCAGA